AUGCCUCUUCCCCGUGACCUCCAAGGGCUGAAUAUUGUGGUCCUAAACUCAAUCAGCGAAGCCUGGUACAACAACUCCUUUUACAACCUGGCUCUAGGUACGGAGACUAAGAGAACGCCAGGAUCCUCCUGUGUCGUUUAUACAAUCCCUGAUCCUGACCGGGAUGGUGAUCAACUAGCUUGCAAGGAAUUGGAAUUCUCACAAACAAGGCGGGGAUUUCUGACCCCGGUAGCCAAAGCCGAGCUUGAGCUUCUGGACAACAUCGCAUCAUGGUACAUUCCGAUCAUUAGAGCCGCCUUCUACGUUGGAGGGGUUAAGUCUUCACCUCGCCAGGUUGUCAGACAUGCUGCCCUUGAUAUCAUCCUGGAAUCUUGGGUUGAGUUGUCGUUGGAGGAUCUCGUAGAAGCGAUGCUGAGUAGCGAAGAUGGUGAAGAGGGUGAUGUUGUGAAGGCCAUCGCGCCUUGGGAUCCGCUUGGAAAUCCCGAUAUAUGGCCCCAUUUCAUCAGGCAUUGCCUCGGAUUUCUAACUACUUUAUGGAUCGUCGACCCCACAAAUCUGGAGUCAAUCAAAAACAUGGUCGUUGAAGAGGCAUUUUUUCGCCUCCCAAGAGUGGAUGUUGAUAAGUUUCAAAUGAGUGCUCCACACGAUACAACAAAUGAGGCAGUUUUGUUCGACAGCUUUUCUGAGAGAAUGCUGAGAAUCAUGGACAAUCUUGUCUACAAAAUAUUCCGUCUCAGAGAAAGUGUCGAGGACGUUUCUGCAAGAAGUACACAGUUCAGCCGAGUGGCACUUGGCACCUAA